AUGACCGACAAAGAUGCGCCCACUCCGGGCGCCAUACCCGAUGAUGUUAUGAGCUCCCCCACGACUAAAGACCCCGUUGCCGCCGAUCCCGUCCCGCAAGCGAAAGAAGACCACGACUACUUCAAUGACGAGGCGAAAGGCGGUGGAGGGUUCUCUUCGGCCGCCUCGGAUAUAACAUCUACAACCACCAACAAGGAGGAGGACCUGGCAACACAAGCUUUCCGCUUUCUGGCUACCGCAACCCCCGGAACACUCGGCGGAGUUGCUGUCGGUCUCGGCGCCGUUACAUACUUCGUACUAGGUCCUCUCGGACUUGUGUUGAUAGGGGCAUUCGGUGGUGUCGUCGGUUACAUACAAUGGGAGCAGCGCAAUGCCGAAGUAGCCCGGGCCCUCAAGGGAGAAAAGGGCGUUGACCUUAUCGCGAGGUUAUUGGAGACCAAGACCAAGGCCGAGGUCACCCAGAGUGAACAAGACGUCGACAAGCAAGAAGCCGCAUUAGCCCUUCGCCUCGAAGAUUUCCAGCCAGAAACACGUGAAGCCAUCAACGAGCUAAUCGACGCUGUCAUCAGCGGAUAUGUCAAGUGGUGGUACUCUCCGCUGGUACCCUCGGACAAGUUCUUCCCUCUGGCCUGCAAGAGGACCCUGACUUCCUUCAUUCUCGCCAUUUCCAACCACCUCAAGAGGAAACGACCAGCGGACGCCUUUCUGGAUUUCUUGACAAAUUCGUCGUCCAUUGUCAUUGUCUUCCUCUCCGAGCUCACCAAUGCCUUUGCCGAGUUUCCCGCGGACGUCAAAGUUUCGGCCGCCGAUGCCCUUUACACCUACCUUGCGGCCAACCCCGACUCGAACCUUGCGCAAUUACUCAACAAGAGACAGCAGGCCGGCAAGUUUAGGAUGGUUGCUGAGGACCUGCUGGCCUUCUUGGACAAGCCCACCUACGAGUGUGAUCCUGCCAGAGUGUUCCUGAGGGAAAUCCUUGCUGGAGUCGUCCUUGAAAUGACGCUUCAGAACUGCUGCAAGCCUGAAUGGAUCAACUCAUGGAUUGUCUAUUUGCUUGAGGCGGGCGAACCGGACUUCAGCCAAGCUAUCGACGAGGGCAUGCAGACUGGUCCUGCUGCAGCUGAUGCGACUUUUGCCGAUUUCGAUGGAAACGUGGGCAACAUUGGUCUCACCAGAGGAAAUAGGAACUCGUUCGAGACGGAGAAGGUGCGCCGGAAGGAGUCGAUUGCCUCCCACAAGAAGAAGCUCAGUAAAGCCGAUGAAGAGGUGGAGCUCAUGGAAGAUAUGAAGAAGCUCAAUGAAAUGAUUGCCGAACAAGAGUCGAAACGCGACAAGGAGGCCAAGGAUAUCAUGGCCAAAUCAGGGUCGGUGCCAUUGCAGCAAACAGUCGUGGCGGAAGAGCCGGAUCAGUUUGCCGAUGCUUUCAAGCGCAGCUCUGAGGAACACCCACAUGCGGUACAACCGAUCGCGGCCCGUACCGAGCCCGAGUCAAAGGGUUCAACGUCAAGCAAUGGUUCUAGCGGAACUUCCAAUACGAUCAAGACACCUCCAACGCCUCUUUCUGGGAAGAGCUCGCCGACGCCGGAGCAGGCACCAUCUCGGCCUGAUGGGCCCUCUCGGUUUACCAGUUUUGACCAAAUCGUCCCUCCUGCGCGGGCAGAAACCCCGGUCGAUGAGCAAAGGCCUAAGCCACCGCCUUUGACAUUGCACAACGCUAAUAUCACUAUUCUGGACGAGCCCGGUGACCGAAACCUUGGCUCAAAGCCUGGAUGGGAUUAUCUCGUACAGAUCGAACCCGCCACCUCGAUCUACCCAGGUUGGAUGAUUGUGCGAAAAUAUCCCGACUUUGAGCGUCUCCACGAGGUUCUGCGCCGUAUUGCUGCUAUCUCUGGAGCCACCGAGUUUAACACCAAGCACAAGGCAUUGCCACAGUGGAAGGGCGCUACCAGAACCUCUCUUCGGGAAGAGCUCGAACGCUAUGUAAAAGACGCCUGUUCUUAUAAGCCACUGGCGGAGAGCGAGGGCAUGAAGAAAUUCCUAGAAAGGGAUACAGCUAACAUGCCCGUCCGGCCAAAGUCGGGAUUCGAGGCCUUUGAGAAGAUUGGAAAGGGCGUCUUUGACGUUAUGACCAGUGCUCCUCUCGAAGGUUCCAAGGCCCUGGUGGACGGGUUUACCGGUGUUCUAGGGACUAUCGGUCUCGGACACAAGAAGAACGCGGCCUCAUCUGCAAGUGGGAAUUCCACGUCUGGGGCACCGCAGUCUGCUCUUACCGACGUGACAGCGGCUAGUCGUCUCUCCAUGUCAACAAUCCCUAGACCAGACAGUAGUGCAUCGCUGAACCGUAUUCGUGAAAGCAUUGACAGCCAAAGAUCAUCCAUCAUCUCUACACAGCCCAGCAAGGUCGACCCUAUGGAUCGUCGAACUAGCACUGACUACCGCACCGAGGUAGAGUCCGCACGCUACGGAAGGACGUCUGCGCGUGACAGCCGCGAUCAAAGCCGUGCCUCUAGUCGCGCGCCACCCUCCCUCCGUUCUCCUUCAUCACUCAGUCUCACACUUGAAUCUCUCAGACUGCCCCCUCCGCCCGACAUGAUGCCAGACAACUACCAAAAUUCUCCUGUUAGUCCCGCACCAAGCUCUCGCAUCCACGACUACCCGCCCCAUCACGCCCGCUCUCUCACAAUGCCCACUCUUUCUGCCUCUCACUCGAGAAGCCAAAGCCGUAGCCCCGGACCCGGCGCUGCCCCUCUCCAGGGCUUUAAGUCAUAUCCCAAACUCUCGGAGGAAGAGACCCGUGUGGCAGUGGAACUUCUCUUCGCAGUCAUCAACGAGCUCUACACCCUCUCUUCGGCUUGGAACUUCCGCCGCACGCUUCUCGCGGCCGCCAAGUCGUUCCUCCUUCGGCCGGGUAACCCCUCGCUCUCCUCGAUCCAGUCACUCAUCCAGUCGUCCGUCUUGGACGCGAACACCUCGGACGAUGGUCUUGCAGCGCACUUGCGCAAGCUGAGGGAGAACGCACUCCCCACCGAAGAGGAGCGGGCGAACUGGCCCGGUGAGAUGAGCGAUGAGGAGAAGGAGAAGUUGAGAGUCAAGGCGAGAAAGUUGUUGAUUGAGAGUGGAGUUCCCGCUGCUUUGUCGGGAGUGAUGGGUCAAUCGGCUACUGGGGAAGCUUUGGGACGGUUGUUUGAUUGUCUGCAGAUUGAGGAGGUGGCGAGGGGCCUGAUGUUUGGAGUGUUGUUGCAGGCCGUGAGGACGGUUACACAUUGA